AGUUCGGUCUGCCGUCUGAGCUUGAGGAUCCCCGGGUUGUUGUCAUCAAAAAAGACGAGAAAUUUUUUAAAAUUGCAUACGCUUCCGCCCAGGGUCCCAAAGGGCCAACACGACAAUCACCAUUGCAAUGCUGUCACCACAUGGUCAUGGUCACAGCUUGAGCUGCUGCUUCUGGUUCCACCCUUUCCACACCAAACCGCAUCGCAACGCACCGCUUCUGAGAUGCAUCAUGGAUCCCUCACCGGCAGACUCCCGCGCUCACCAGGCGGAACACCUUCCCCGGUGCCACGAGGUCAAUCCCCAUCCCUCCGUCCCAUCUCAUCCCCGACUAGGUUUUAA